AUGAAAAAGUUUGUCAAUGGCAAGAUAUGGCAGUGGUCAGAUGCUUUCGCGCAAUGGAUGAUUGUAUCAGACGACGGCUUCAUUAUCUCCGUAGGGAUUGGGGAACCUCCUCCUACCGAUGAAACAGAGGAUCUCCAUGGCGCGCUGGUGCUACCAGGGCUACACGACUCGCAUAUUCACGUUUCGAUGCUUGGGGAGAGCGCAGAGUGGCUGGACCUGUCGGGAUGCUCAUCUUAUGUCGAGUUUUCAGAGCGUCUUGAACGGUAUGCCGCCCAUUAUCCUGAAAAGGCCUGGAUUAUUGGAAUUGGCUGGGCUCAAGAUACGCUUUCGAACGAUGCACGGUAUCCGAAUCGACACGAAAUUGAUGCCGUGAUUCGGGACCGACCAGUACUUCUACAUCGCGCGUGCUGGCACAUUGCUGUAGCAAACACAAAGGCGCUUCAGAUUGCAGGGAUAAACGUAAAUUCUACAUGUCACGACAUAGAUCAUGGAGUUAUCGACGUGGAUGAGAAGGGAGUGACUGGGGUGCUGAAAGAAGAUGCUGUGCAGAUAGUGGAAAAGCACGCGAAUGAGCCGUCGUUAGAACUGCGUCUGAAAUAUAUUAAAAAUGCGUUGAAAAGGUGUGUGCAGUCAGGUUUGACUGCACUUCAUACAAACGACGAAGAUGCAUGGCAUUUGUAUAAAAAGAUCCAGAAAGAGGAAGGUUUGCCAGUCCGUGUGUACCUCACACCAUCAAUUAAUGAGCUGAAUAAUCCUCUGACACCAAAAGCGGGAGCCUGUGAAGGCCUUUUGUCAUGCCACCGCUUGAAAAUAUUUAGCGACGGAAGUCUAGGCGCAGAAACUGCAGCGCUCCGAGUUCCGUAUAAGGGCACGAGCAACAAAGGAAUUCUUAUAAAUACGAAUGAGGAACUUGUAAAAAAAAUUCGCAAUGCAAAUGAUGCUGGUUAUCGAGUCGAGAUACAUGCCAUUGGUGAUCGUGCGGCCGAGCAAGUUUUGAUGGCUUUAAAGUCAGCCAAUGUGGGCAAGGAAAGGCGCCCGAUUUUGACACACUGUCAAAUUCUUGGAGAAGAUUUGAUCUUUCGGAUGAAAGAGCACGGAGUCAUUGGGAACAUCCAACCUUCAUUUACUGUGACGGAUGCAGCCUACGUUCGCAAGCGCUUAAAUGAUGAUAUUCUUCCGUAUUCGUAUUGCUGGAAACGUAUGCUAGACAAUGGUAUUGUGUGUGCUGGUGGAAGUGAUGCACCUGUCGAGACCUGCAACCCGUUUCAAGGUAUAUAUGAUGCUAUCUACCGCCACAAGCCUGACCGACCCGAAGACGUCUUCUUGCCGCAGGAGCGCUUAUCGUUUAGUGAAGCUUUAGCACUCUACACAAAAGGUGGAGCGUUUGCAGCAAUGCAAGAACAAGUUCUCGGUCAACUUUCGCCGAAGUUCCGUGCGGAUUUUGUGGUUCUUCGUAAGGAUGUGACUUCUAAUCAUGCUGCGCUCGUGAUGCCAGACCUUGUAGAAAGCGUCUGGGUAAAUGGGAAAAAGACCUAUCAGUAUGAUCCAGCUGCUAAUGAGCUAAAUCACAUGGUGAAAGACCUAAGGUCUAGCCUUCUGCCAGGAGUAGUAUUUCAUGGUAAUUAUGCCAUUAACGCAACGUCUCCGCGCGUGAACAAGAAGACUAUGAGUGAAUAUAUUGGAACUACUGUCGCUCUUGUGGGUGCUGUAGAGAGUCAUCGACCAACUGCUGUCGUCUUGCGCACUUCGGAUGGAGGGAUCGUAAACGUGACGCCACAGCCUGGGAGUGACUAUGGUAGCAGAUUUGUUGAAGUAAUUGGUCGUGUUAUUGACAGCGAGACGAUCCAAGAAUUUAAGACUACGCUUUUUGGUGAUAACUUUGACCUAGAUGUGUAUGACAACUUUGUGCAACUCUCAACCACCAAGUACAAACAUUUAUUUGGGUAA